AUGGCGGCCCCAGGCAGAAAGUUCUCCUUCAACCGCUUGAUCACCAAUAUGAUCCCGAACAUGGCAAACGACUCGAAAAACGAUGUCGACCUGUCCCCAGCGCAAGCGGAUCAACUCCUCGCCUACCAGUGCGCUUCAAAAUACCCGCGCUAUCUCUCCGGGAAAGCUUUUUACGUUGCCGGCAUCACAGGUUCUGAUUCUCUCUCACAGAAAGUCCACAAAGCGCUCGUAAAGCACAAGAUCAUCCUCCCGGUCCCAGAAGCAGGGCAAGCAGCAACGGAAACGCUCACCGUCAACACGGGCGGAGUCACCAAGAAUUUCGCAAGCCAGAUGGCGAUGAUCAGCGUUCAUGCUCAGAGGAAGUUGGUGGGACUGUUGUUCUUUUGGGAAGAGGAGUGUAUGCGCUGGAAGCUGUUGGAUCAGGAGGAGAGGGAGAUUGUGGAUGCAUUGAAGGUGAACGAGGGGAAUCAGGAUUUGGAGUGUGCGUUGGAGGCGGUGAGGAUGAAGAUGAAGAUGUUGCCGAGUAAGAGGGGCGAGGCGACGGCUAACGUCGUCAGGGGAGCUGGCCAUGAGCUGCCUAGUUAUUCAACUUGGUCCACCAGCUUUGACGGCGAGCGGAGCUACAAUUCCGAUCGUCUCUGUUUGGCCUGCGAGACGAUUCUGCGACAAAAAGUUUGGCAAUACUCAGACUAUCUUGAAAGCAAGUACCAAACCCAUGUGUCCCCGAUACUCCACAUCCUGAAUUUCUGUCAAGAUGGGAGAAAAUUGCAGCACCUCGAGGCGACCACAUCCACGCUCUGCUGGAUUGCCGACGAGACAGAUACCGAAGUGGGUAUGGACUUUUUCCUGGCCUUGCGCAAAUCAAGAGCCGAGAAGCCAACGGUAUUCAGUUUGACUGAGGACGACCACGGGGAUGAUCACACAUUAUUUGAUGUCAAAUCCAUGAUCGACGAUGUUGGGGGACACUAUCGCCGAUGCGAGGGACAAAUGAAAAGAAGGGAAGGAAACUAGAGGAGAGGGUAGAAUUCUUCAAGAAGUUUGUGCAGGCGCGUCAAGCAGGAUUGGAGAAGAAAUUUGAAGGCGAGGUCUGCAUACUUCCAGAAUUCUGUCUACGCGGGUUAAGCAGCACUGGCGAAAAAAUGGGAAGGCAGGCAGCAAGGUUGAAAACUUGUGAAGUGAAAUUCAUGUAUUUAUUCAUUAAAACUCGGAUUUCUUUGUACGCCGAAGUACUGAGCUGAAAGUAAUUCCCUUUAUGAAGCCACCAGAUAACGCCCGGUUUGCGAAAAUGCAGAUCU